AUGCCCCCAACUACUCUGACUAUUGCUGCUCGUAUCCAUGAACAUUUAGAAAGUGGAAUAGAAAUAAUAGAAGCGGAUAAAAUCUAUAUGCAUCCAGAUUUGGUUGGCAGUUCAGAUGGAUAUCAGAGUGACAUUGCUAUUCUAAAUUUGUUAAAGUCACUUAGCAUUGAGACUGGUCCGUUUUUAAAACGUACUUGUGUACCAUAUUUCAAUGGGUGUAUUGAUCUGACACAGUAUCCGCUAAACAAUACUCGUCUAACUGUGGUUGGAUGGGCGGCCGCACUGCUAUCAACCGACUCAUCUAAUAUUACAAUACUUGGUCGAAAUGCAAAGUCAUCGCCUAAUAUUAAGUUGUCAGAAGUUUUUGUUAAGUAUCAAGGAUCAGACUCCUUUAAUACAGUACUCAGUGGCAAUUUUGUUUUUAUACCAAAUUUGAGCAAAGCAUUUGUUAUUACACAGCCAACAUUUUUCAAAAUAACAUUUCAAGGUUGUAUUUAUAAUGGCGGACAAUACUUGCAACAGUUUGUUCAAAUAAUUAUUAAUGAUUAUUUGAUUCUUGCUAAUAAAUUAGUGCCGAAUACCGUUCAAAGAGUUAAUUAUGGUCUUGGUUUGGCUUUAAAUGAUGUAGACACGAUUGGUGGUAUAUAUUUCGCGACUAAUCAGUACUAUUCAAUUACACCAAUUACGCGAAUUGCUCACGUAUAUUUACCAGCUGGAACAUACAUAUUUGGUGUUGGUACAAGAAAUGACAGAAACACAGGCGAAAUUAGGGGUGGUAUUGUUACGUAUGAAUCGACACAAUUUGAAAAUGAUCGUUUACAACAAGUUGGCGAUUAUAAGCUUGCUAUAUUUCCUAAUUGA